GUAUUUUGGCGCGCUUUUCCCUACAAAUGACAACAACGUAAUCAAGACGCCAUUUUAGAUAAAAUGCCGAAAACAUCCAAGAAAGCGCCUUCUAAAGCAGCAAAAUCAGCACACCAACCCAUAAACCAUUCUCAUGAGUUUACCGAGGAUGAUAUUCAAUUAAUACGGGAGAAUCUUCUACGAUGGUACGAUAUCAACAAGCGAAGUCUUCCUUGGCGAGCGUAUGCUACUGAGCAAGACGCGAAUAUUCGUGCGUAUGCUGUCUGGGUUUCCGAAAUCAUGCUUCAGCAGACCCAAGUGGCAACAGUCGUGGACUAUUACAACCGAUGGAUGAAGAAUUGGCCGAGUUUGGAGGCGCUAGCGAGGGCUAGCUUAGAGGAGGUGAAUGAGUGUUGGUCCGGUCUAGGGUACUACUCUCGAGCGAGGAGACUCCACGAGGCCGCUAUAAAGGUUGUGAAUGAGUUGGAUGGCAAAAUCCCUACAAAUGCAGCCAAACUGCAAAAGGAGCUUCCUGGUGUGGGCCUGUACACUGCUGGGGCGAUUGCAUCCAUAGCGUUUGGCGAGGCUACUGGGGUGGUGGAUGGUAACGUCAUCAGGGUGUUAUCAAGGCUGCGCAGGAUAGGUGCAGACAUGACAAGUAACACAACCAUGGAUCACUUCUGGAGCCUUGCUCAUCGUCUUGUUCCUAACGAUAGGCCAGGGGAUUUCAACCAGGCCAUGAUGGAAUUUGGUGCAACCUUGUGCACACCCAAGACUCCCCAGUGCUCUAAAUGUGUGCUUAGAAGCAGCUGUCAGGCACAUAGCCAGGUGGAAGACUUUAAAGAUAAAUUCACUAAGAGGAUUACAGGGGAAAGGAUAAGUGCUUGUGAUCAGGAUAUUGAAGAUUGCUCGUUGUGUCUACCUCCUUCAGAGCCCUGGAAUCCAGAGAUUGGAGUGUGUAACUAUCCGAUGAAACCAAAGAAAAAGGAAGCAAGAGAGGAAGUCUUCACUGUAUUAAUAGUGCAGGAGGAAUGCAAUGAGGAUGAUAGUGGUAACUUCUUGCUUGUUCAACGUCCCGAGUCAGGCCUUCUGGCAGGCUUAUGGGAAUUCCCAAACUUAGAAAAAGAAAAGAUCAAUGAAGAUGAUGUUUCAGCCUUAGCUAAGGAGUAUGGGUUGGAAAAUGUGAAGAAAAGGAAUAAUGUUGGUGAACUAAUUCAUAAGUUUUCCCAUCGCCAUCACAAGUAUGUAGUUGAGCUUUUUAGUUGUAAGAAAGUGAACACGACUGAGACAAAUGCCAGUGGUCAGCCCAUGAAAUGGGUCAAUCCAGAAGAGCUUGACUCCUCUGCCAUCUCAACAGCUAUGAAGAAGGUAUUUAAACUGUACCAAAGCUCCCAAGCCAAGGAUAUGAAUGGAAAAGCUUCAAAAAAGAGAAAGAGGAUAGAAGCUGAUGGUACUUACAAGCAGAUGUGCAUGGAAUCGUUCUUUAAAGUGAAGUAGUCUUAGGCUUGAGUUUCAUUUCACAGUAACUAGGUCUCAGAGCUGACUUUUAACUCGCUAACCAACCAAAGAUCAAAUGGAAAUAACAAAUUACUGCGGUGUUUUAUGUUCUUCAAACUCCCAGCAAUGAUUUAUAGCUCUUAAGCAUGCUUCUAGCUUCCACCAAUCAAAAACAUAAAAAUAAAUAAUAAUUAUAAUGAAGCCUUUUAAUUUGCUUCCGAUCAUUUUACCUUAAGGAGCUCACCAAUCAUAAAGCACAAUGUAAUUCAGAUUUUAAAUGAUGGAACUCAUAAAUCAGGGCAUGAGUUUCCAGAUUAUAAAAAAUUACAAUAAAAAGUAAGGGUUGUUUUUCCAAUUGCUAGCUUACCUGACAGUCUUUGAGGUUUGAGUGACCAGCCCCGAAAAAAAGUGAUUUUUUUCAUGCCUUUGCAGUAUCUUCAAGGGACAUUUAUUGCUGGAUUUGGCUACAUAACAGAUUUAUCUAACUUAUGCUUUAUAGUUUUCACAAAUGGCAUGUGUAUUGACAACCGAAAGUGGACCUUCGGCCAUGUGGGGGAGAGUGAUUGCACCCCCCUGGGUGUGGGCCUGAGAGAGAUGUGGAAUGGAAACUAAGCCUUCCUCAAUACAGAUGGGUGCUAACAAUAAUAAGUGUCCAUGGGACUUUUUAUAGAAUGGUAUUACCUAAUUGCUUGUUUUAGCACCGAGCUCCCAAUAAGUGCAUAGUAUUAUGGCAUAAAAAUCAGUAACCUUUAAUCACAUUAGGUAACAUGUUGAUCCUUGUAAAAACAAGUUUAUUAUACCAUUACUGAUAAUUAUUCGGUUGAUAUAUGAGCAUUAUUAAAAAUAUACAUUAUCCUA